UCUGGCUGGGUGCAGAGCAGCCACCGCGACAGCAGCCACCAUGCAGAUGCUCGAGGCUGUCGUCUCCGCGUGGGAGCUAUUGAGUGUGCUCAAGGGGUCCCUGGGCUCCCUGUGCAGCAGCCUGGCCUGGCUCUUGUGCUGGCUGAGGGCAGCACUUGUGUUCCCAGGAGCCCGGUCCACACAGCAGCAGCAUAUCAGAGAAGGACCUGGGGAGGCCCAGGCAGAGGAUAAGGACGGCCAAGUGCCCACCAUACCCUUGAGCGUCAACUACCACUUCACUCGCCAGUGCAACUACCGGUGCGGCUUCUGCUUCCAUACAGCCAAGACGUCCUACGUGCUGCCCCUCAAGGAGGCCAAGAGAGGACUUCUGUUGCUCAAGGAAGCAGGGAUGGAGAAGAUCAACUUCUCAGGUGGGGAGCCCUUUAUCCAUGACCGGGGCAGGUACCUGGGUGAGCUGGUGAGAUUCUGCAAGGCAGAGCUGCAGCUGCAGAGCGUGAGCAUCGUCAGCAACGGAAGCCUGAUCCGUGAGCGGUGGUUCAAGGAUUAUGGUGAAUAUUUGGACAUCCUUGCCAUUUCCUGCGACAGCUUUGACGAGCAGGUCAAUGUCCUCAUUGGCCGUGGUCAAGGGAAGAAGAACCACGUGGAAAACCUGCAGAAGCUGAGAGCCUGGUGCAAGGAGUACAGGGUGGCCUUCAAAAUCAACUCAGUGAUCAACCGCUUCAACGUGGAUGAGGACAUGAACGAACAGAUCAAAGCACUGAACCCUGUCCGCUGGAAGGUCUUUCAGUGUCUCCUGAUUGAGGGUGAGAAUUCCGGAGAAGACGCCUUAAGAGAAGCAGCGAGAUUUGUCAUUAGUGAUGAAGAGUUUGAAGGAUUCCUGGAGCGUCACAAAGAAGUGUCCUGUUUGGUGCCGGAAUCAAACCAGAAGAUGAAAGACUCCUACCUCAUUCUGGAUGAAUACAUGCGCUUCCUGAACUGUCAGAAUGGACGGAAGGACCCUUCCAAGUCCAUCCUGGACGUCGGAGUACACGAAGCCAUCAAGUUCAGCGGAUUUGAUGAAAAUAUGUUUCUGAAGCGAGGAGGCAAAUACGUGUGGAGCAAGGCAGACCUGCAGCUGGAGUGGUAGAGCUGAAACUGGGCAAGGCCUGGGUUCCCUGCGGGCACGCGGCC